UAACAGAGGAGGUCUUAUCAGAUGUGUGGAGUCAGACAAGACGAGGCAGAAAAGCAGAGAGGGGAAGACUGAACGCACGCUCGCUGUUUACAUCACGAGGGACUAUUUUAGAAAAGGGAGACGGCCACGCAUCCCAUGAGGAAUCUGUUUUUCUCCACGCAGUGCUAAUUUUUGGGGGACUGCGAGACCAGAGCUUGUGAUCACUCAACGCCACAGCUCCACCAAGACACAGGAAGCGAGGAUGAUCCUCAAACACCGCAGAGCAGCCUAAAAAAAAUAUCCAAUCUCAGGGUAAGAGAGAGGACAGACAUGCACAGGUGUUGUUACAGAGAGAGAGAGACAGCGUCAAGAAGAGAGAGAGAGAGGAAGAAGCGGAGGGAGUGAGGGGAGGAGACUUGACUUGUUUCAGAGAGGAAUAGGAGUCGGAGAGCAAUUCCAAAACAGCUGUCCGGCAGACGUCCCAGUCGACAGAAGUGCAGCCCCGAGGCAGAGACGUUAGGGCAGUGUCAACAAGCCACAGGAGCAGCACAGCAGCCGCUGAGCACACACACACAUACAGACACACAUAUCAACUGGGGGCUGCAGUGUUCAAGAGAACCCGAGCGAUACAUCAAGGGGAAUCAAGAUCUCUCCAACAAAACACCUGAGGAAACUGCCCAUUCGACCUUUCUAUAUUGCUGAACAUCACCAGCCCUCGUUGGAAAGCCAGUCACUGAUUGAUGCUGCAAUUAUUUUUGGAGUCCUGUGUGAGAGGUGUGUUACUGAGAAUGUAACUGGAGCUCCUCCCCUGGGGAACUGUAACACCAAGAGCUUAUAGAGCGCUUCUGACUGUUCUCACCUGCACAUCUGAGAUCUCCUCUGCAGAGACAGUCAUGCCAGCGAAGGCACCCAUAUAUCUUAAACCCACCAAUAAUAAGAGGGGGAAAAAAUGUCGCCUGAGAGAUAUUUUGUCACCUGACAUGAUCAGUCCACCUCUGGGGGACUUUCGCCACACCAUCCACAUUGGCAGGGGUGGGGAAAGAGACGCCUUUGGAGACAUGUCCUUCCUCCAGGGACAGUAUGAGCUCCUGCCAGGAAAAAGAGAUAUCCACCCACAGUAUGGCAUUCAGAGUGAGUUUCUGCGAGCAAACAGCACAGGUGAUGCUUCCUUUGUCGAGACUCCCUCUCCAGUACUCAAGAACGCAAUCUCCCUCCCAGCUAUUGGUGGCUGCCAGGCCCUCACCCUUCCAGUGAUCUCUUCUGUGGUGUUCUCCAUGCAACCAGAGCCACUGGAGGAUGUCAUGGGACCUCCACCUUCCACGAAACCUGACACAGCUGAAGAGGUAGAGAUCCUGCAGAUGGACGCUCUGUUGCACUCCAUGAACAUCUUCAGCAAUGAGCCCUCAUCACCCUCCACAGAUUUCCAGUCAAAGCCUGACGUGCUCUUGGAUCUGCUUGAGAACACAGAUAAGCCCCCUUCUAAGGAAGUUGCCAAAGCUAACAAAAUAAACAGGAGUGAAAGCAGAUUUGAUCAUCCAUCAUCCUAUUAUAUCAAUGGUCACAGCAACAGCAUCUAUAAAGCUAAUGGAAGCUUGAACAGCAACACAAGCAGCUUUGACAGCUUAAGUGGUAAAGGGGACUUCCAGAACAAGAGCUACAAUGGCAGCGGGAGUCUCAAUGGCAAUGGUAACUGCAAUAGUUACGGACACUUUAACAAUGACAUUACCCUUGGCUUUAAGCAGGAGCUUUCCAAGUACAAUGGAGAGUGGGUGGACAGGGACAGUGGGGUGGAAGAGGGCCGCAUCUGUGAUUUUGAGUUUGAGUUUUCCAAAGAGAAGAGCACAUCGCAGGAUUCCCUAGCCCAGAUCACGGGCUCAUUCCUUUCUCUUGAACUUGAUCUGGGCCCAUCCAUCCUGGACGAUGUGCUCAACAUAAUGGAUAAACCCGCAGCAAAGAGCAGGCCUUGAGCUGCACUGAGGCCCCAAGAAGAGAAUGGGAAUUAUUAAAAUAUAGCCACAAGGAGAGAAAGACUCAUAAAGCAAUCAAAAUGGUGUCUGGAUAUAUCAUUGAGAUGAAAACCAGCUGCAAUAGAAAAAGCUGCUUAUGUUUUUAUUGUCAAAACAUAGAAGUAUUCUAGCUUCUAUGGAGUGUUGAGUCCUCUUCUUUGUUUUGUUUGCCAUGCCAGCAGCAUGUUUAAGAUGCAUGUGCUUUUUGAGUUACAGCUAAAACACAGCCAUUCUGUCUUUGAUUUUAAAUGACUGUAAGGAUGCUACAUGAUAGAGUGACACUCCUCUGUUGAAUUUCAUGGUAUGUAAAAAUAAAGACAACUUUUAGGUGCGUUUUUUUUUUUUUACACUCAGUUUGAUUUUCACACUCUUUUUGAACUUAUUGCAUUUUGUGACUUCAGAUUUGUUUAACAAAGCACGGUUUUGUUGUCACAUAACUCAUUUGCCACAUUUCAAACAAACAAACACUAUGCAUUAUUGUG